AUGGACACAACUAUUGACAAGGAAAUGAUAGGUCACUUAAUCCAUUCGGAUUGUGCAUCGCAUCACUGCAAAGACAAAAAAAGAACACCAUAUGAAGGAGAAUCGUCGAAGAGUACAACGACCAAGGUGCAAAAUUUGGCGCCACCAGAGUUUUUGCAUUGUGGGUUCUGGCCGAUCGCACAGACGAGCGAUGGUCAAGAUGAUGACCAGGACCCUUCUCCUACGAGACGCCCAAAGACGCGAGCAUGGUCACCUGAAGACUUUUCAAAUAUGGUUGACUCUUGGGUAGCUGACUUUGAUUACCUCAGUAUUCCAACUCUUGUAGGCUUGGAGACUGAUAUAGCCAAGAAAUUUAAGCUACCAUACUCUGUCUUAAGGCUCCUAGUCAGGAAAACCAAAGGUGAAGGAGUUGGUGGAGGCCCUGAGUCCUCUUCGCAGAGAGAAGCUCUGUUCAAUCGGGAGAUGGCUGCCGAAGCCCAGGCCAGGAUCGAGAUAGCCGACUUUGUUGAUACCAUGGUCAAUGUUGGAGAUUAUGAGGAAGCAUAUGGAUGGAUCCUGCCACUAGAGGUUUACCGCCAAGUUCAGUGGUCGAAAGAAAUGAUCAAGGCAUUCCCAAGGAAGUCUCAAGAGUUUGGGGAGCUUAUCAGAGGCAAAUUGAGUCAACAGAAAUAA